GUGUCUUUGCGAAAAUCCCCCCCCUCUUGCUUCUACCUUCAUCUUUUUCGUGAGACGGGGUGAAAGUUUGACAUUUUUUGAACGAACGAACGAGCUCAAUCCCAACUUCACGAUGUCUUCCAAGGUUUACGUCGGGAACAUAUCAUGGAACACGACCGAUGAAACGCUUCGCGCAAUUUUCGCUGAGUAUGGAAAUGUCCUCGACGCGCUCGUUAUGAAGGAUCGAGACACUGGGAGAUCUCGAGGAUACGCAUUUGUUACCCUUUCUUCCGAUGAAGAGGCGGAUGCGGCUAUAAACGCGUUGAACGGACAGGAGCUUGAUGGCAGAACAAUCAAAGUGAACAAGUCUCAGCCCAAAAGCUCAGGCGGAGGGUUCGGAGGCGGAGGGGGAGGAUACGGUGGGGGGUACAGUGGAGGAGGAGGAUACCAAGGAGGAUAUUGAGGAGGAUCCAGUGGACCGUAUUGAAA